AUGUCGCAAGCUCUGUCCGCAUCUCCAUCUCUCUUCGGAGAUCUGUCCAUCGACCAUGCCGUGGCUGGAUUAGGAGCAGGAACAGUCGCGACACUCGUCAUGCACCCUUUGGAUCUCGUCAAAGUCAGAUUUCAACUUGCCGAAACGCCAUUCGUGUCGUCCACUGCUUUAACCAGUACCACCACCCCGCCAACAGGCGUUAUACCUUCUUCAUCUUCCCUGCACGCAUCCUCAUCGGCCUCCUCCUCAUCAUCAUCAUCAUCAUCAUCAUCAUCAUCAUCACCAUCUUCUUCUUAUUCAUCCUCAUCAUCGACACAUGUCUCCACUUCUGGCUCUGGGUCCCGCUCCAGUAUCAGCGCGGCGUUACGCGAUCCACGGCCCCCUCGACUCGGUACAGGCGUUUAUAGAGCCUUAGAAGAAGCUGUCAUUGCGGACGGCUGGAAAGGAUUGUACAGAGGGUUGAUGCCGAAUCUGGUCGGUGGAGCCUCCAGCUGGGGUCUGUAUUUUCUCUUCUACAACAUGAUCAAGAAACAGAUGCAGGGGGAUGAUCCGACGUAUCGCACUACCAGCUCACAACACUUACUCGCUGCGGCUGAGGCCAGCGCCGUGACGGCUAUGCUGACCAAUCCCAUAUGGGUCGUCAAGACUCGUGUGUUCGCAACGGGUCGAAGUAACCCAGCGUACCGUGGUCUCGUCAGUGCAUUUCGUACGAUAUACACCCAGGAAGGCAUUCGAGGACUGUACAAGGGCUCCUUACUCGCUCUCGUCGGCGUAUCCAACGGAUCUAUCCAAUUCGCAACGUACGAAGCUAUCAAGCGGCAUCGAGCGGACCUCAAGAGGAAGAGUUUUGAAUGGAAAGGAAAAGAGUGGAAGGUGGAAGAUGAAAAAUUGACUAAUACCGAAUACAUUCUCGCAUCUGGAUCAUCUAAACUCGUCGCUAUCGCCCUGACUUACCCCUAUCAAGUCGUCAGAGCGAGAAUCCAGAACUUCUCUCCUACACCUUCCAGCCCCAAACUCACCAUACCCGCCUGUAUCUCCGCUACUUUCCGGAACGAGGGGUUCUUGGCCUUUUACAAAGGCUUGGGCACGAACGCUUUGAGGAUCUUACCAGGAACAUGUACGACCUUUGUAGUAUACGAAAAUCUAGUGUGGGCUUUCAGGUCCUUAGCUAUCAAGAAGAAUCGGCAGAAGGACGCCGAUGCAGUGUCAUGA